CUCUCAAAACAUAUUUUCCCUUUAUUAUACCAUCAAAUACCAUAAAAUAUAUAUCUUCAAAAAUGUCGUCUCUGUGUGGUAAAAUGGAAAUUGAUAUAGAAUCCAACACUUCUCCUCAUAAGUUCCACGAAAUGUUGAAACAUAGGCCUCACCAUAUCCCUGGUGCUUCUGGGGAUUUAAUUCAAGGUUGUGAGUUACAUGAAGGUGAAUGGGGGAAAGAGGGUUCUGUCGUAUACUGGAAUUACUUUCAUGAGGGGAAGCCUAAGGUGGCAAAAGAAGUAGUCGAAGACAUAGACGACGAAAACAAUUCAAUCACUUACAGAGUGAUUGAAGGUGAUCUUCUGGAGCAUUACAAGACCUUCAAAUUCGUGAUUCAAGCAAAUCCAAAAAAAGAAGGUGAAGGCAGCAUUGUGAAUUGGACGAUUCACUACGAGAAACUCCAUGACGAAAUUAUAGACCCGCAUACCAUGGUUGAGUUUGUCCAUGAACUUACAAAGUAUCUUGACACUCACCUUUACGAUGAAUAAUUAUAUAACCAUAUUAAAGUACUCUCGCUGAGACAUUAUGUCUUCACUAAAUAAAAUGUUUACGGGAGUAUGUAUUAAAUAAGUGGUUUGUUUGUCAAUUUAUGAUUUUGGAGUGUAUUUCCAGUUUCGUUUGUUUGAGUGUGGCAGUACUUCUAUGCCCCAUUUAUCAUGUUCGAAUGGGAUUUCUGUAAUUCAUUAAGCCUUAAUUAUGAGCAAAUGGGAUAGAUUGGCUAUAUUUUAUUUA